AUGGAAGACAUCCAGAACUCCGCCACCAACUACGUGGAUCUUGCGGGCCAGUCGCCCAUCCCGCCGGCCGUGGCCUCGGCGUCGCUUCUAUAUGUAGGCAUGUCAUCGCCCACGGCCAUCGCGUCGAAAAUCGGGUCUUCCGGCGGCUCGUCGCUGUUUUCCAAGUCGGCCACAAUCACAAAACCAACACGCAGCACGUGUCUUUUAUUUGGCGCCGCCAACGCUUUGGGCGGCUGGAUCAUUUAUGACGGGGACGUGACCAACGGCGCCGGAUUCACGUUUGCCUGGUCCGCCUUGUAUUUAGUAGUCAAUGGGCGGCCGUCCAUGCGCAGCAUGUUGCGAGGCCGCAUGAGCCCCGUGGCGCUUUCUGUGUUGGCGCUCGGAAACGCGGGGAUUUACGGCAAGCAGUUUUUCUGGCCCUCGGCACAGAGCGCCCUGUGA